CAGUUUAAUUUUCACUGUGUAGAGCAGUGUUCCUCUCAGUGAACAGCAGAUACAUUUCUCUCAGAACAUCAUCACCUUCCAGGAGAGACGGCCGGCUGAAAUCCAGUCUAAAAAGGCAUUUAGCAACUUCAGUAGAUCAUCGGUUAUGUUCUAAAACAAAGGAAGAGCAUUUCUCCAGGCGCAGCAGGGCUGAGGCAGGUUGAGUGUGUCUGCAGCUGGAGCCAUGGCACUCAGGUGCAUCAUUCUGUUCUAUGGCCUUGGACUGGCAACAGCUAAGCUUACAGGUGAUACAGAAACUGAUGUUGAUGAAGGUCAUGACUGGGACAUCUUUGACAUCAAUGAAGCUGCAGGGCUGAACCUGCUGGAAGGAGAUAUCGAACAGGACAAAACAUUCAGAAACACCAUCAUAGGAGACAAGUACCGCUGGCCAACAACCGUUCCCUACUACCUAGAGGACAGCCUGGAGAUGAAUGCAAAGGGAGUGAUCCUGAAGGCAUUUGACCAGUACAGACUGAAGACCUGCCUUGACUUCACACCAUGGAAAACAGAGAAGAACUACAUCUCUGUGUACAAAGGGAGCGGAUGCUCCUCCCAUGUAGGCAACCAGCGUGUGGGGAAGCAGCAGCUGUCCAUUGGUAAAAACUGUGAUACUCUAGGAAUUGUUGAGCAUGAGUUCCUGCACGCUCUGGGCUUCUGGCACGAGCAGUCCAGAGCUGACCGUGAUGAUUACAUCACCAUCAUGUGGGGAAACAUCAAAUCAGGUGAAGAGCACAACUUCAUAAAAUACAAUGACACAGUGUCCAGCGCGCUCGGCGUUCCCUACGACUACGGCUCUGUCAUGCACUACGCCAAGACAUCCUUCAGCAUCAGCUCCAAGCCCACCAUCGUCACCAAGAACCCCCAGUUCAUGGAUGUGAUUGGUCAGAAGAUGGGGCUCAGUGCUAGUGACCUAACCAAGCUCAACCGUCUUUACAACUGCACCAAGUCUUCUACCUUUGUGGACAGCUGUGACUUUGAGGAGGAGAACAUUUGUGGGAUGAUUCAGGCUCCUGGCCACGCAAAGUGGGAACGACGUAGUAGUGCCCGUGGAGGGCCUAAGACUGACUUCUCCAACAUGGGACAGUGCAAAGGAAAAGGCUACUUCAUGCACUUCCGCACAGCCUCUGCUACAUGUGGUGCCCGUGCUUUCCUGGAGAGUCGUUGGCUUUACCCCAAACCUGGUGCCCAGUGUCUGCAGUUCUUCCUUUAUAACAGCGGGGCAGCUGAUGAUGUUCUCAAUAUCCAGGUGCGACAGUAUGACAAGGCCAACCCCAGCGGUAAACUAAAGCUCUUCAAGAGAAUUUCAGGAGGUGUCAAGGGCUCCUGGGAACUGCAUAACAUCAAUCUGAAUAUGACACAGAAGGCCCGUGUGGUUUUUGAGGGUGUGAGGGGAAAGAAACCCUCAAAAGGAGGUUUCUCUUUGGAUGACAUUAACCUGUCAUCCACCAAGUGUCCCCAACACACCUGGCACAUCCGCAACAUUACAGGCCUGCUAGCCACCACACCAGCAGGAGAAAAAUUGUACAGCCCUCGCUUUCUGUCACCAGCUGGUUACUCCUUCCAGGUAGGUGUGUACAUGAACGGAACAAGUGACCAUCCAGGGUACUUGGCCACCUUCUUCCACCUGACUUCAGGCCCCAAUGACUACAAACUCAAGUGGCCAUGUCCGUGGCAGCAGGCAACUCUGGCCCUGAUGGAUCAGCAAUCUGACAUCAGACAGCAAAUGAACAUGCACAAAAUGCUCACCACUGACCCCGACAUGAAGUUCUCUGAUGGCACUGAGUACUUCUGGGAUAAUCCCAGGAAAGUGGGCUCUAAAGUGUGUGAGUCUGAUGGCAGCUUUUACUAUCGAGGCCCAGGCUACGGAACGACUGCCUUCAUCAGCCACAGCAGACUAAAGAGCAGAAACUUCAUCAAAGGAGACGAUGCCUUCUUCCUCUUCAGUCUGGAAGAUAUAUCUGAUCUGUUGGUAUCUCAGCCUCUUCCCCGCUCUGCAGUCCUAUCUGAUGCAGGUCUGAUGAAGGCUGCAGACCAAGGUGCUCUGCAGGUAGCUGCUAAUAAUCCCAUUCUUUUUACAGCUGUGGCAUCUUCUGUGGCAUCAGCUAUGUUGGUGGUUUGUGUGCUGAUCAUAGGGAACACCUGGGGGAUGAGGAGGAGGAGACAGCAGAUCGACAAGGUGGCGAUCCUACAGGAUAUACCUGGAUUCAUGGUAUUAAACAUUAGGUAGCAGCCAUCCCAACAUUUUACAUCUCCUCUCACCACUCCAUGAUGUCCCGGUUAAAGGAAUCUAUCUAUCAUAUUUUCAACCCACUUUGGAUCAAACUACGCCCACCUCCACAAGACGAAGGUGGGCAACCAGAUGUCAAGGACUGAUCACUGGCUGUCAGCCUACUGCUAGCCAGCCCUCUGCACAAUGCACCUACAGCCCCUCCAUUUUUAUGCUCCAAUUUAUGGUGGAAAUGUUUUUAUUUACAUCAAGGAAAACACAAAAUUCAGGUGUCAGGUAACAAUUCAAAAUAUAAAGAUAUAAUGUAUUAUAAUACAGUAAGGCUCUCAGACAUUCUGUAUUGCUUUCAAAUAUUUACUCUCUUGCAGCUCAACUUUUCUCAUUUAAUGUUAUCACUGCUGAGUCAACACACAUGUAGGCAUGAUUUACUCAGUCCUCCUUUGUGUCUUUUGUGUUGGAUAAGUAACCUAUGCAAGUAAGAUAUGCAUGUGGCACCAUUUCACAUUAUUGAUAGAUUAAUUCAUUAAAAACACCUGGAUUUCAA